AGGAGGAAGAGGAGGGGGCAGUGAGGACGGAGUCAGUGACAGCCAGCGGUGUGAGCCCUGUGGACACCUGUCCGAACCUGAGGACACUGAAGACACCCAGCCGGACCCUGUGGACGCCUGUGCGGAGCCACCAGAGGAGCUGUCCCGGAGGUUUCACCGCUCCUCCUCCCGUCCAGUAGCAGAGAAACCCUCUUAAAACCGUCCGUGGUCGCAGCUCAGGCUUUCAGAGGAAACAACACAGUCAGAUGGGUCAGGCACUGUGGAGGCUGCCUCCCAGACAACAGCAGCAGCUUCAGGAAGAGCUCGCAGACCGAUUGGCUGACGGAGAAGGAGGAGGCGGGGCCAGGCGGGAGCCAGGGAGAGAUGGAGGAGCGCAGAGAAGAGCUCCACAGCACUGCUACGGUCCAGACAUCUACCACCUGCUGAGAACACGCCGAGGAGGUAAGGAGCAGCACGGGUUCAUCGACCUGGAGAUGCUUCCUCCGGAGCUGGGCAUCACCAUCCUGUCCUACCUGAACGCCACGGACCUGUGCCUGGCCGGCUGCGUGUGGCAGGACCUGGGGAACGACGAGUACCUGUGGCAGGGGCUGUGUAAGUCCACGUGGGGACACUGCUCCAUCUACAACAGACGGCUCCCUGCUGGCUUCUCCUACAGACGGCUGUACCUGCAGCUGGACGAAGGCAGCCUGACCUUCAACGCCAACGCUCAGGAGGGCAUCAGCUACUUCAUGUCCAAAGGAAUCCUGGUGGAUCACCCCACCGAGCUGGCCAAGUUCAUCUUCUACACCAGACGGCUCAACUGGAAGAUGCUGAGGAUUUAUCUGGACGAGAGGAGGGACGUGCUGGAUGAGCUGGUCACCCUCCAUAACUUCAGCAACCAGUUCCUGCCCAACGCCCUGCGGGACUUCUUCAGACACAUCCACGCUCCGGAGGAGCGCGGGGAGUACCUGGAGACGCUCAUCACCAAGUUCAGCCACAGGUUCUGUGCCUGCAACCCCACGCUGGUCCGAGAGCUGGGCCUCAGCCCCGACGCCGUGUACGUGUUGUGCUACAGCCUGAUCCUGCUGUCCAUCGACCUGACCAGCCCGCACGUCAAGAACAAGAUGUCCAAGAGGGAGUUCAUCAGGAACACCCGCCGCGCGGCGCACAACGUCUCCGACGACUUCGUGGGACACCUCUACGACAACAUUUACCUGAUCGGCCACGUGGCCGCGUAGCCCCGCCCUCCGGCUGCGUAGCCCCGCCCUCCGGCCGCGUAGCCCCGCCUCCGAGCCGUGUCCGCACUGCACUGAAGAAUCGGAGGGCUGACGGAUUUGAGCUGCUCCGUCGUCGUUCCCGGACGACGGGCAGCAGUAGAUGUUAGCUCCGCCGCUCCACUGUGACAGGCUGCUACCGAACAUGAGCGCUGCCAGAGCCCAGCGAGGAGGACUGUCUGUCCAGCUGAGUGGCUGAGGGACGUUUUGGAGCGGAGCCGUGAAGACGAGCUCCGACGCUGCACUGACCGACCGCUGAUUGGAGGAGGGAGGGGAAGGCCCGCCCCCCUUCCUGUCCCGGGACCGGAGGACGAACACUGUGGGACGGAGGUGGAAUCACUGACGCCUGCAGACGGCGGCCGCCGACCGGCUGCUUCUGGCAGGAUGAAGACAAACACUGUGGGCCUCGUGCUGGACUCUGAUGGUCUCAGCCUGUCCUCACUGCUCACACUUUCCACGUCAGUCAGACCCAGCUCUCUAAACCACAGCAUUAGUCCAGUCCUGUUCCUGCAUGAGGCCCGCGGGCCGUGGCGCCGGCGGCGCCGCCCUGUGAAUCCCGCCACAACAAGCCGAAACACUGUAGAAUGUAAAUAAGAGCAGGAGGUGAAGUACCUGACAGAGACGAGCCGAACGCUGGACCUGGAACACUGCACCGCCGGCUGCCCACGCUUAGCUCAUUACCCAUGAUGCUUUGACAACAGGAGACUGACGCAGCGAGUGUGAAUACGUAAACAGAACAUCAUCUCCGGGUGUGUGUGUGUGAGGGAGCGAGCGUGUGUGUUCUGGUGCGUGUUGACAGACAGUGGAAACCACUGCGGGCACUCAGGGACGCUUGGGGAGCCGCCGCCCGUCAGCAGGAGUCGCCAGACCCACUGAGCCAGCUCUCAGGACCGGGCCUCGAACCCAGGACCCCCUCACUCCGAGAUGAGAGCCGACCACUACACACUGCAGGAUCAGCGUGGUGCGGGUUGUCUCUGUUAGACGUGGGCUUUCUGAUAUUUGCACAGCGUCACUCGCUCCGGGACAGAGAGCGUCUCCGGCUCAAACCCGUCCGCCUCGGCCAGCUGGACCUGGACUCUGGACUCUUCUGAAGGUUGAGAUGAAGUUAGAAACCUCUGUGAAGCUCGACGGCCUUUCAUGAUUUUAACCCCUGAUAUGACGGCAGGAUCGGUCGGGCUGUUUCAGAGAUGGUCGGCUUUAAUUCACUCACUUUAAUUCAUUCAUCACUGUAAUACUGUAGGGAGCGUCGUCCUUCUGGAACGGAACCAGACCAGGUCAGAAAGGAUUAGAGGUCUGGAGACCCUGUGCGAACAUCUUUACCCUGUUUUUAUAUUUGCUCACACCUCCGACUGACUGACUCUCCAAAAGACCCUCUUUCAAAAUGUAAAACUGCUGAAACUACUGGCAUCUCUAGAAGCUGCUAAUACAAUCUGAAAGUACUUAAAAAAAU